AGACUAUGGCUGUCCUGGACUCGGUGGUUCCCUUUUCAGCACGCAGCACGAUCCUGACCAACUUCAUUCUUUCAUUUACACGUCUGCCAUUUCAACUUCAACAUGCGGUUUUUGUCUACCAUUUCUCUGGCCGCACUGGCUGCGGCGGCACCAGCAGUCGAACUGGCCGAGCGCCAGCUGGGCAUGUCCUCGAACGAGUUGAGCCAGGGGGCAUGCAAGGACGUCAUCUUCAUCUUUGCGCGUGGUUCGACAGAGCCUGGAAAUAUGGGUUUCCUGAUCGGGCCCGAUUUAGCCGAGGGCCUGAAGAAACUGGUCCCAAGCACGGCCGUUCAGGGUGUCGAAUAUGACGCAUCUAUUGGACCUAAUAUGCAAACGGGCGGCACCGAUAAAGCGUCGAUUAGUAUCGCUACUAAGGUCUUCAAUGAGGCGAACUCGAAGUGCCCGAAUUCCAUCAUCGUCGCCGGAGGAUACUCGCAGGGUGCUGCCGUCAUGCAUCGCACGAUCGAGAGCCUCCCUGAGAAUAUUAAGAGCAAGAUCGCCGCCGUCACUACGUUCGGUGACACCCAGAACCAGGAGGACGACGGCAAGAUCCCCAAUUUCCCCCCGGAGAAGGUUAAGGUCUUCUGCAAUGAGAGCGACGGUGUCUGCGGCGCCAUGCUCAUGGUCAAUGUGGGCCACAUGACCUACGGGGACAGUAUCACCCCCGCUGCGCAAUUCCUUGCCGACGGAGUCAACAAGGCCAAGCAGGGCGGUGGCUCAACUGGCGGUUCAACUGGCGGCUCAACUGGCGGCUCAACUGGCGGCUCUACUGGUGGCUCUACUGGUGGCGCUGCUGGUGGUCUUGGUGGCCUCAGCGGCGGACUUGGUGGUCUCAGCGGUGGCGGUAGCGGUGGACUCGGCAGCCUCUUUGGUGGCGGCAGCGGCGGCGGGUUCGGCAGCCUCCUCGGCGGUCGUUAA